GCGGCCCGCCCGCCCGCCUUGCGGCACCCUACGCCCUGCGCCGGGCCAUGCCGCUGGUGCGCUAUCGGAAGGUCGUGAUCCUGGGGUAUCGCUCUGUGGGUAAAACAUCCCUUGCACACCAGUUCAUUGAUGGGGAGUUUCUGGAGUGUUACGAUCCUACAGUGGAAAGCACUUACAACAAAAUGUUGAUGCUGGGAAAGGAUGAAUUCCAUCUGCAACUAGUGGACACUGCCGGGCAGGAUGAAUACACGAUCUUGCCUCACUCAUUUACCAUUGGCAUUCAUGGCUACGUGCUGGUGUAUUCCGUUACAUCUCUCAAGAGUUUUCAAGUGGUAAAGUCUUUACACAGCAAGUUAUAUGAAAGCAGAGGGAAGACAAGGAUGCCGGUAGUGCUUGUUGGCAAUAAAGCUGAUCUGUCUCUAGAAAGCCGUCAGGUGAAGACUGAUGAAGGCAGGAAGCUUGCCGAUUCCUGGGGCGCCGUGUUCUUGGAAUCCUCAGCAAAAGAAAACCAGAUGACCCAAGGUGUCUUCACCAGGAUCAUUGAGGAAAUCGAUCGUGUGGACAACUCCUACGGCGAACAGCGCGGCUGCAUCCUGAUGUGACGGUGCUCCUUUUCCCUGCCGGAAGCCGUUCUGGUGGUGGGAGGGGGGGUGUCGAGAGAGUCAGGCCAACUCAGGGCAGGCAUCGCAACUCCCGAGAGGCCCUGAAGAGCAGGUCUGGAAUAGCUUACGGGUAAUCCACACACAAACACAGUAUACCUCAUUGCUCGUCCUCUAUACAAGACGUCUACGUUUUGCACAUUCGUUUGCUGGAAGCAAUCUAUGUAUGUAUAUGUGUAUAUGUAUGUAUGUAUAUAUAUAUAUAGAUCGAUAGAUAUAGAUAUGUAUUGCCAAAUGUUUACAGAACCGGGAGGGUGUGGGAGCACAACAGGAUCUAUUUAUGUUUUUUGACGGAGGAGCUCUUCUGUAUAUUUAUAACCAUUUAAUUAAUAGGCGCACAAGUUUACACACAUAGGUGUCUGUUCACUAUUCGGCGUAAAGGAGAGGCAGCUGAAUGUUAUUUUUUCUCGGUGGGAUGCAUUGAGGGGGCCGGUUCUCUGGUCUGUAGUUCUCCUUCCGUGGCAACUGUGAACUCUUGUCCCGGGAAUGCGGUUGGGUUUUUCAGUCGUGCCUCUUGCAAGUCGUUGCCUUAUUUUUGGCGGGGUGAGAUUUCGGGCUGCAGACUGGAUCCAAAAGUGGAUUAUUUUCCUCAGCUUCCAUUGGAGCGCUGGGAGGCGUGAAGUGGCCAUUAAGUCAACAAGGCCCACUAAACUUUAUAAUGAUAAUGAUAAUAA